AUGGCGAUGUAUUCAUCUAGAACAGCUACGAUCGGUUCUCCCACAACAAACAUGCAAUUGCUGGACAAAGCCGUUGAACUACGGGAUUCUCAAAUUCUAAAUAUUCAAUCCUAUCAAAAAAUGAUUUGGCAACGUCGUUUCAUGGCUAUAGCCACGGUGAUAGCUUGGAUUGCAGUCGUUGUUCUGAUAGCUGCCUUAGCAACACCAAAUUGGGCUGUAUUAGACUUUAUGAAUACAGAAUACCAACAAGUUCAUGUGCAGCUUGGUGUCUGGGGUGAAUGGCGAACCGUGAAGAACUUCACGCAUAAAACUGUUGAAUGGAUUCCUCACUUUCCAACGCCGCCGGAAAAUGUCGUCCGUUUGGCGGACGCCGAUCUCAAGCGUGAGUUUGUUUGCAGUCAACAGCCCGUUUAUCUUUGUCUAGAUAAAACUCACUAA